AGAACCGUCCAUGGACCCUGGCAGGAUUGUACGCAGAGAUCGGUGAUGGCCAGUUUGGAUACCUGAGGGGGCCAUCAGAUCGGAAUGGAGGCUGUGCGGGGGCUGCUCGGGCUGCUCAUCGCCCUGUGCCGGGUGUGUGCUCUGCUCGGGAAGAACCUGGAGCCGGUCACCUGGAACACCCAGAACCUCCGAUUUUUAUCGGGAAAGGGCUUGGUGAUUUACCCAGCAAUCGGAGACCGAUUGGACAUUAUUUGCCCCAAGGCGGAGCACACACGGCCUUAUGAGUAUUACAAGUUGUACAUGGUCCGCAAAGAACAGGCAGAGUCCUGCAGCACGGUUAUGGAUCCAAACGUCUUGGUUACAUGCAACCAGCCGGAUAAAGAGUUUCGAUUCACCAUCAAAUUCCAGGAGUUCAGCCCGAACUACAUGGGCCUGGAGUUCAGGAGGAACCAGGACUAUUACAUCACGUCGACAUCCAAUGGAACACUAGCGGGCCUGGAGAACCGGGAAGGAGGAGUGUGCCAGACACGAUUCAUGAAAAUAGUCAUGAAGGUUGGGCAAGACCCCAACGCAGUAUCGCCAGAGCUAGUCUCUACAAGCCGGCCUAGAGUUGAUGGUGGAAAGCAGGCGACACCCGGCCCAUGGAACGAUGUGGUGGCAGGAGGAGACCCUGGCAAGCCAGAUACUGUGAAUCAGUCAGAUAAUCCCUCCGGGGGAGGGGUCGAAGGCUUCUUCAGCUCAAAGAUCGCUGUGUUCGCUGCCAUCGGGGCCGGAUGCGUCAUCUUCAUCCUCAUCAUCAUCUUCCUGAUCGUUCUGCUCAUCAAGAUCCGCAAACGCCACCGCAAGCACACGCAGCAGCGGGCAAACGCCCUGUCGCUCAGCACGUUGGCCAGUCCCAAGUGCAGCGGGAACGCGGGCACCGAGCCCAGCGACAUCAUCAUCCCGCUGCGGACUACAGAGAACAAUUACUGCCCGCACUAUGAGAAGGUGAGCGGGGACUACGGACACCCGGUGUACAUUGUUCAGGAAAUGCCUCCUCAAAGCCCUGCAAACAUUUACUACAAGGUCUGAGAAGGGAGGACGGGUGACUCAACCUUGCUCCCCGAACCGUGGGAUGGUCAAUCCGGCGCCAGGAGCACAGGCCAAAGGUCACUCUGCAUAAGGGACUCUGGGAGACGGAGCAAUAAGACUUACAUUAUCCCUAUGUUAGGUAUUUUUUUAAAUAUAGUUUGCCCCCCCCUCCCCCAUAUUGUUCUGCUCCCUUUUUUUGUCCGGGGGGAGGGCGGAUUGGAUCUGCUCCUGUCUGCACUUUGCACACCUGUGGCAGUUAACCCUUACUUGACCUAGGAGAGGCAGUAUGGAUUCUGUCUACCACAAUGUGUCUUGUGGGGGAGGGGGCUUGACAAUGCAGGUAGUAUAGAUUGUGAAUUUGUUCAAUUGUACGGCAGACCGGUGAGCUGUACCACGUAUGAAGAGGGGUGGGAAGAAGCUUGGCAACCCAUUGGGUUUGGUUCACUGGUUUCAUGUGCACUGUACCCUCUUGACCUAGGCUUGUGCUGAAAGUGGCGUGCUUGCCUGGACUUUGACACAUGGACCCCGCCUCGAGUAUCUUCUGGGUAGAGCGAAGGUCGACCGUGCCCACCCCAUCUUCAGCCAGAGCCAUAGAGCGAGCAACAACUCCAACCACUCCUGCACCUGCACACGCCACACAUACUACCUGUGUAUGCAUAUGCACUUAAUUGCACACUCCUUCCAUUAGGCUGCGUCUCACCACGUGCUGCCCGUUGGUUAUAAUGUGAUGAAGCUAAAGGUGUCUUGGCCAUCAGCUGUUUGGAGAGUGGAGAACCACAAGCUAUAUGUUCCUGGCUGCCACCUCCUAACCCUGCACAGAAGCUACACUGGACUCUGCGUUGGAGUAAUACUAAGGGCCAGCAACAAAGUCCUUUUGUAGUUUCCUAGACUGAACGUGUCCUGGAGUUGCUGACAAUACUCAGGAAUGGGUUUUAGGUGGUUUUCUAGGAUUCUGUCCAGUAUCGCCAUCGGUGGUUUCACAAUUCAGCCAUUUGAGAAGCA